GCGAGCCAUAGCCGGGCGGUCUCUGUGCGCACGCGUAAAACAAAGCGCCGCCAACGACCGCCUUCACGUCCCGCUCCCUCCAUUGCGCAUGCUCACUGUGAUCUCUUAGUCAAACGCGCCCUGGUUCUUCUGUAUUGAGUCUCAGCGGGCGGGGCCCAGAGCUCGGCUGUCCCUUCGAUAGCUCAGUUGGUAGAGCGGAGGACUGUAGUUGACACUCUAACUGAGAGAUAUCCUUAGGUCGCUGGUUCGACUCCGGCUCGAAGGAGACAUAUGCACUUUUGUCGAGCCUCCUUUGAUUUAUCAUCCUUUCCAUGCAAGGAUUUCUCUGAUAAUCCAUUACGUUCCAGAAAACAGGUAUCACUUGCAGAAGCUGUUUGGAGCAGCCUUUCCCUGGCAGAGCACACAGGGACGGCCAGGAGAUGAGCGCAUCUUUGAAUUACAAGUCUUUUUCCAAAGAGCAGCAGACCAUGGAUAACUUGGAGAAGCAGCUCAUUUGUCCCAUUUGCUUAGAGAUGUUCACCAAGCCUGUGGUCAUCCUCCCCUGCCAGCACAACCUGUGUAGGAAAUGUGCCAGUGACAUUUUCCAGGCCUCUAACCCGUACCUGCCCACAAGAGGAGGCACCACCGUGGCCUCCGGGGGCCGGUUCCGCUGCCCAUCCUGUAGACACGAAGUGGUUUUGGACAGACACGGGAUCUAUGGGCUUCAGAGGAACCUGCUGGUGGAAAACAUCAUUGACAUCUACAAGCAGGAGUCCACCAGACCAGAAAAGAAGUCCGACCAGCCCAUGUGUGAGGAGCAUGAAGAUGAGCGCAUCAACAUCUACUGUCUCAACUGCGAAGUGCCCACCUGCUCUCUGUGCAAGGUCUUCGGGGCGCACAAAGACUGCCAGGUGGCUCCCCUCACUCACGUGUUCCAGAGGCAGAAGUCCGAGCUCAGUGAUGGCAUUGCUGUCCUCGUGGGAAGCAACGAUCGGGUCCAGGGGGUGAUCAGCCAGCUGGAGAGCACCUGUAAGACGAUUGAGGAAUGCUGCAGAAAACAGAAACAGGAACUCUGUGAGAAGUUUGAUUACCUGUAUGGCAUCUUGGAGGAGAGGAAGAAUGAAAUGACCCAAGUCAUCACCCGAACCCAAGAGGAGAAGCUGGAACACGUCCGUGCUCUCAUCAAAAAGUAUUCUGACCAUUUGGAGAACGUGUCAAAGUUGGUUGAAUCAGGGAUACAGUUCAUGGAUGAGCCUGAAAUGGCAGUGUUUUUGCAGAAUGCCAAAACCCUGUUACAAAAAAUUUCUGAAGCAUCGAAGGCAUUUCAGAUGGAGAAAAUAGAACAUGAUUAUGAGAACAUGAACCACUUCACAGUCAACCUCAAUAGAGAAGAAAAAAUAAUACGUGAAAUUGAUUUUUACAGAGAGGAUGAAGACGAAGAAGAAGAGGGAGAAGGAGAAGGUGAAGAAGAGGGAGUAGAUGUGGAAGAGGUGGAAGACCUCCGGACUGAGUCGUCAGGGGGAGAUGAGAGUCCAGAGAAAGGCAUGGAGCCCUCUCCACCGACCUCGGAGCUCCAGGCUGCCCCUGAGGCACCCCCAGUUUCCUCUCCGGACCCCCCUCCAGCCCUGCUACCUGCUGUGGAAGCCCCGGUGACACAGGGGGAGGUGGUGCCCACUGGCUCCCAGCAGACCACAGAGUCUGAAACUCCAGUCCCAGCAGCAACGGACACUGCGGAUCCCUUGCUUUACCCUAGUUGGUAUAAAGGCCAGACCCGGAAAUCCACCGCCAACCCACCUUCCGCCCCAGGGAGCGGAAGUCUCGGGCGCGUAGGGCCUUCAGCUUCCGAGGAUGCGCGUGCGCGGAAGGUUGAAGGGGCGGAAGCCGCAGCCAGGGAGAGGGCAGCAGUGAGUGGUAAGGAUGCUAGCUCACCUGCAGCUACUUCUCAGACUGGAUUUGAGAACUCUCCCCUCCAGAGACAGGCUGCCACUUCAGGGAGCGGGAACGGAGCUGAUUCUGAGCCAGCUCGCCACGUCUUCUCCUUUUCCUGGUUGAACUCCCUCAAUGAAUGAUAUUCAUUCCAACUGCUGCACCUCUGUCUGCCUGGCUGAGAUGCUCAAAGGCAGCAGGGACCCAGAUGAAACUAGGAUCAUGUAGAUGAUGAAAGGGACCUCUGAAUGACAUUUCUACCAAAAAUACCCUUUAAUUCCAGAUGACUUAGCUAACACAUUGAGGGAGAACAAUGCUCUGAGAAGAAAGUUGCAGAAAAGCAUUGGGGAAAAAAGGAACUUGAUCUUAUGCAAAUUUUUUAUUGUGUGGGAAACGUUAUGAAGGGUGUGUAGGUGUGGUAUGUGUGUGUGUGCAUCAGUAACAAGUGGCAAGCGUUGAAAGAAGUGGGCACUACACUCGUCUCUAAUAGGUACUGGCUUUUGUUCUGAUAUCAUAGUAGCUGUUAUUCUCUUUCCUCUUUAACAGUGCAGGUGGUCAGUGAAAUUCAGUGUUAAUUCAGAAGUGACCGAUUUAUCAAUAUAUGGACAAAAGGUAAAUCAUUGACCAAAGAUAUGAGAUGCUUCACAAAGCUUUUCUCUUUUCCACAACAGAUGUCGCUGGAUGGACAUCCAGAAAUGUUCUUUGUCUCUGGUGACACUUUCCUAGUCCAGAAGGCAAAGGCCAAGGACAUUUCUUGUGACAUUUUUCUAAUCUUAGUUUCAAAUAUGCAGAUAUCACGUACUUUACCUGAAAAAGACUUUUCAACAGGAACCGUCUACUGUCUCAUGUAUCCACUGAGGCACCAAUCUGAACUAUAGAGCAACUGCAUGUAUUUAAAUAUAUAUAUACACACGCAAUACAUAUUAUACAUGUACAUAUAUAUGUAUUUAAAUCAUGUGUUGUCCCCCCAU